AUGAAGGCGGACCUGGUGCCCAUAACCAUAGGCCUGCCCCAGAGGAGCCUCUCAGAGGAGAUACUGGAGGGCAGCGACCUGGGGGAGGCAAUGGAGAUGUACCAACGCGCGAUCUACGCGGCGGUGGAUGCCCUCUGCCCCGAGACCGCCAGCCUGGGCCCAGGGGACCCUCCACACCAAUUUGGAACCAGGUUCAGGGAGGCCCUGCGGCAGUACUCCGACUCGAUCCACAGCAUGGCGGCGGCCGCGGGGGACGAGGACAAGAAGAGGGACGGGGGGAAGCUGGGAAGGUGCCAACCGGAGCUGGCGGCCAAGUUGACGUCGGGAGGCGCGACAGGGACGUCUGAAUCUGAGAGCGCCGGCCAGCAGCACGGGACCAGUUCCAGGGAGCAGUGGAUUCAGAAAGCCAGCUUUCGGAAGCAGUCCACCAUAUCCAGGGCGUACGCGUCGCUCGUGCAGCAGGACGCCAACCCGGACAAGGAUAUCAUGAGGGCUCUGGAGCUGUACCAGAACGCGCUGGAUGUGCUGAAGAAGUUCUACGGCGAGCAUCACCCCCACGUGGCGACCGCCACCACGAACAUGGGGAAUUUCCUGUGGAUGGAGGGCGAGCUGGACAAGGCAAUGGAGUUCUACGCCCAGGCGCAGUACGUAUUCGAGAAGGCCCCCGGGGUGGACGACUUGGACCUCGCGGCCGUGUACACAAACAUCGGGAACCUCCUGCAGGCCGCAUGCAACCGGCAUGUGGUGAACUGCGGGCAGGAGAGGGAGGAGCUCGAGGAAGCCCAAGAAUUCCACGAGCGUGCCCUGUCCAUCCUGGAGCGCCAGCUGGGACACGACAGCCUGGACGUUGCAGCGGCAGGCAUCAACCUGGCUGACAUCAUGGAGGCGCAGGGCAACCACUCCGACGCUGCCAGCGAGUACACAGCAGCCUUGGAGACCCUGAAGGUCGUCAAGGGGCCGGAGCACACAGACAUUGCUCAUGUCAGUGGGAAGCUGGCGGGAUGCCUGCAAGCGAUGGGCGAAUUCCACAAGGCGCUGCAAUACCACAACAUGGCCCUCAAGGUGUGGCAGGGUGCGGGCGAGCUGGCCAACCACAACAUUGCCAUUACGUAUCUCAACAUCGCCGGCAUCUUGCAGAGCGAGGGCCUAGUGGACGACGCCAUUGACCUGUACCGCCAAGCCCUGGAAAACACCGAAACCAAGCUGGGCGCCGAGCACCACCUCGUCGCCCUCAUAUGCACCCAACUCAGCAAGGUGCUCCAGGGGAAGGGCGAGCUGACCGAAUCGAUGGAGCAGCUGGACCGAGCCUUGGGGAUCAGGGACAAGGUCCUUGCCGCCAGCGUAGCCAGCCUCAGGCCAGAACAACCGCAGGCACCAUGA